AUGGACAGUUUAGAUGAUAUUAGCACCUCUAACAGAAUCCAAGCAUCGCCACACUACGAGUAUAUCAAGGAAAUACGACAGAGAACGUACCCGGGAGCGAAAGCAUCAGCGCAAUACCGAUUGCUCAGCCCCCUACAGAAGCUCAAAGAAGCCCAAACGAAGGAAGACCCGGGUCUGAUGCAGAGAGAAGUGAUCCAACCCGGGCUGUUCGCAUCCUGGGAGAGAAAGCUCCAGAUAGUAAUAGUAGAAAAGGAAGAAGCGGUGGAGGCUGCACACAACACGGAAGCACAGGACGCGAAGGAAGACCCGAGCCAUUGGUGUUGUCCGGCAUGUCCUCCAAGAGUGCCCCAACUUCAAUAACCUGCGCAAGCGGGUAUGGCGCAGGGUGCAGCCUGCCGACAUGAAAGACCUGCUCGACAAGGACGCGAAACUCACCACCCGAUUCCUGCAACAAACCGGCCUCCUUGGGCAACUCACAGGAGCCAUUAUACAACAAGAGUGGUAGUAGGAUACCAGAGAUGCAGACAGGGGAAGACGGUUAGUACUAGGGAAUAAACCAGCCACGGAAGGGCCCUAGAGACGGGGCAUCCGCCCAUGGGGCCCGAGGCUAAAGUACAGUAAAUAGAAGGCAAUAAUUAGAGGGUAGCCACCCUCCAAAAUGGGCUAUGCCCAGGGGGACUCUGAACCCGGCAGCUUAACGUCAUUCCGGACGGCCGACUAGGCGGUUUGUUCUGAGGGGCAGGCAAAAGUGGUAACGCCCAAGGGCUAGGGAGCGGCGGAGGAUUAAUGCUUGCAGUGCUGAUCUGUAGGAUCAACCUACCCAGAUCGGCGGGGUAGAUAGUGGCUAUGCUUUGUAGAACACGCUGGCAUGGCGGCCGUAGGCCAGCCGAAACGGC